GUUCAGAGCCUUGGGUCGUAAAACGACGAUGUUUUGGUCCAGCUGUAUAUCUAUCUUGAGUGCUCCUGUAUCGUUCAAUCCACACAGUACGGAGAUUAAAACGACUUUCCUUAAAAUGGACGGCUUGCAAUGCAGUUGAACGACUUUGGUCAUUAAAUCUGCUUUCAGUCCCUCGCCCUUCUUUCCUCCCAGCCCGACAGCUGAGAUGACAAGGCAGUGAGAUCGUCUGGCCCAGCGUGUCUUCCUGUGUCUCUCUUGUUACCCUGAGAUGGCAACGGCUAAAAAUAGCACUGUGAAAACGGGCGGGGUGCGUUUCUCGGAGGAGCCCAACGCCACCACCGCCGCCGCCGCCGCCUCCCACGUUCACUUUGAGGAGAAGCUGCAUGACUCGGUCGUCAUGGUGACCCCGGAGGCCAACGGCAAUUUCCUGGUCAAGGUGGGCUUCUUGAAGGCCCAGCACAGGUAUGAGAUCGUCUUCACCCUGCCGGCGCUGGGCAAGGCCGUGUGUCCGGCGCCCGUUCCCAGCCCCCACCUGCGGACCACCGACCUCACCCUCCUCCCAGACGGCGGUCUGAGGGUGACCUGUGAGUACAUGGCCCAGCAGGAGGGGGUGCUCUGUGAGGAGCUGCUGCUCCUGAGUGAGGCCAACGACCACGUGUGUGUCACGGUCAAAGUUCACGCCAGAGUCAUGGAUCGCCAUCACGGUACGCCCAUGUUAUUGGAGGGAGUGCGCUGUAUCGGAGUGGAGCUGGAGUACGACUCGGAACAAAGCGACUGGCAAGGAUUUGACUAGACGACACACACACACACACACACACACACACACACACACACACACACACACACACACACACACACACACACACACACACACACACACACACACACACACACACACACACACACACACACACAUUAAGAGCUCUCCGCCAGCCUCCAUCUUAUUAUGAAAAAGACAAUUGGUUUGUUGAGUUCAAUAUUUAUUCACUCCAUGGUCAUCUGUCUCUAGUUCAAAGAAAAAUGUAAUUGAAUGGAGUGGACAUUUUCUGAAAGUUCUGAUGGAUAUAAAUAAUAAUAUAAACAAAACUCUGAAUAUUUCAAUGCUAGGAACCAAAGGGAGACUUAAUAAGCAAAUAAGAUAAUAUAUAUAUGCAUAUUUAUUUACACACACACACACACACACACACAUUCUAAAUAGUGUAAAUGACAUAGUCCAUAUAUUAUUGACAAUAUUAUACACACACACACACACACACACACACACACACACACACACACACACACACACACACACACACACACACACACACACACACACGCACAUACCAUUCUCGUAAUUGAUGUUGCCAGGAGCUAGCGUCCUUGGGAUCGGGGGACCUUCAAGGGAACGUACAGCCAGCCCUGGCGUUCAGAGAACAUCCUACACGAAUAAUCAACCAUCCCCACUGAAUGCAUUGGCUUCCUCCUCAUCUUCAUCAUCGUCGUCGUCAUCCUCAGCAGACUAGACACAGCGUCCAAAUCAUUCUCUUGAAACUUUCUUCUUUUUAUUGUGUGUCUAUUGUUUGUCUUUUUUGUGUCAUGCCCACUAGAGGGAGCUAAAGGUUGCUGAAUCGUUCUGGCCUCCAAAUCAAAAUACAGGGAUGUCUUCUCUUAAAGGUGACACAUUAUACCACCGGGUGUGUAACUGCUAAUCACACUCACACCUGGUGGUACAAAAUGUCACCUAUAAUGAAAUGGUCUGUAGAUUUAAAUUUAUGUCGCUAAAAAGGCUUGUCUCAUUGUGCACGUGAACGUCACUGUUGGUCGGCAUCUGCCCUGGACGAAGGUCCUGGUAUGAGACCCUCAUACCCCAGACCUACGUUUCCCUUGGCAACUCUCAGGCUAUCACAUUUGUAAGCUUUGCAAUGUUACGCCUUUCAACAAGUGCCUUCUUUUUUUUUAUCACAAUCACUAUUUCAACUCACUCGCUGUUAUCCACACAUGUUGAACUUUGCUUGUGCUGAUCACCGGCCUGAUACCUUGUAAGGACAGGCGAUGUUUCGGGGUGUCGGCGGGUGUAGAGUAGGGCUUUGACUUUUGCCCAAAAAUCAUAUUCGAAUUUCGUUUGUUUAUUAAUAUUAAUAUUCGAAUAUAUUCGAAUAUUUAUUAAUAAUAUUUUGACCAUUAAAUGCCUUCAGUAAUACCUGGGCUGAAUCCGAAUACUUAGUACAUACUAUUUAUGUUCAGUGUCUAUGUCUACUACUUGACGGUCUACAGCUAUGCGUAGAACGCCUAGAACGGUCUUCUACAGCUAUGCGUAGAACGCCUCUUGCGUGUUCCAACGGUUUUAUUAUGUUUCUAAUAAAUCCCUGUCUAAUCAAUACUUCAUUCACUGCCUCUUCCGUGGUCGUUACAAUAUUAUGAAUAGACUGCAUCGGGUUCUCCGACGUCUCUCCCUCUUGGCCUGCCCAUAAAAGGUUCGAAUAUUAAGGGCUGCCUAAUAUUCGUUCGAAUUUUGAUUUAUUUUUUUGAUAUUCGAAUUAUAUUCGAAUCACGAAGUUCGAAGUCAAAGCCCUAGUGUAGAGUCACCAAUUCAGUCCUUCAUAAAGUGUCACAUCAUGUCCUUGUGAUGUUUGUACCACAGAUCUUCAUUCCUCCGCCUCAUCAUCCCUGCCUCCUCUUUUUCCCACAACGUACAAACUUACCAGUUUCACUCUAUGAGGACCUAUCACAAAGGUUGGAUAGUUGUGGACGGAAUGCCAGGCAUGCAUGUAACUAACUUUGAAGGUCUGUUAAGAUCUUGUGUCAAUGGAGUCAUAAGCAAUGAUUGUUUUUUUCUGCGUCGUCACCUAUUGUACGCCAGGUGUUCCCACAGACUCUUUGGGGAGUUUUGACCGUGGUGCUUUUGCAUAUCAUGAAAUGCUUCUUUAUGUUUUGCCCUCUUAUGUAUAUUUGAUUUUGAAGCGUCAGCGCGAGCCGGAUUUAGAUUGGUUUUCAAAGUUUCUAGAGAAUUCUUUAUCGGUCAAAGUCUGAUUUUGGUUCAACCCUGCCUAUCACAGUUGUCAACUGAAAGAAUCUAUUGUUUUGGGCACAUGAACAUGAGACCAAAACGACAUGAGAAGUGAUAACAUAAUACACUUUAUUGUUUCAUCUGAAGGCCUAAAAGGCUCAAUUCAGGUUAAAUGUUUGUUCUUCUACUUCUACUUCUGAAGGACUGCAGAGGCAUAGAUUAAUUCUUGUUCAUGGCUUAUUAUUCCACAGACUGGUUAAAUGCCCUCUCACUGCCACAGUGUGGCCUGGGUCUGAGCCUGGCAGUGCCAAAUAAUGAUCCCUUUCAGUUGACAUUCUCACAUCUUGCAACACCAGGGUUAGGCCAUCUUGCACAAUACUGGACCAAUGUAUAAGAUUGUGGAUCACAAACAGUCUUACAUUCUUAUAAAAAUCUAGAAUCUAAGUUAAAAGUUAAGUUAGCUCGUUCUUAAUAUCCAGGUAGGCCAACUCAAUAGGUACUGAAUGUAUAGGUAUUAGUGAAUGUUGAAUUUUGUAUAAACCUGCUCAUUUUGUGUGUGUGUGAUUUGUUAUUUUAAUAUUUUGUCAUGUCGUAUAUCAAUAAAAGAACAUGCAGUUAUUAA